AUGGCCCUUGACCAAGCGUUUCUGGACCGGGUUGAUAUAAAACAGUACAUCCCACACCUGUCCAGCCGAAUCAUUUAUGGCAUCUUUAAAGAAUGUCUGGAGGAGCUCAGUCGCAGGGGGAUCAUCGAGGGAAUGUCGUUUGACGUGAUUCAACAAGACCCCGAGAACCCUUUCACGACCCUGCAAUAUGUGGAGCGUCCCACGGAGCGUCUCGUCCUACCGGCCUUCGACGAAAUGCUCCUUCACUACCAAGGAUUUGUCAAUGCCAUUCCCAAGCAGUUGGCCGAUGCCGCGUCCGAGAGUGUGGGUCUCAGCGGUCGAACCAUUCGACGUCUUCCCGCACUGUCUUUAGUGUUGCAUAGUCCCAGCAAUGCUGGCUGUGGUGUUCGAACGGCCAUUCAGGCGCUGCGGAUGGGCAUUGCGUCGGAAAGGCAGGCUAAGGCGGAAGCGCAGUGA